AAUCGCACUGGUAGCAGUAGUGAAGACAUGGCGGCUACUACGGCAGCAGCAGCGGCGGCGCCAGCAACAGCAGUAGCCCCACAGGUCGAGGCCGAAACCACAGCUGAGGCGGAGGCUGCUGGGCGGCUGUCGGUGCUGCCAGUGGCCCCGCCGCUGCCGGCGUUGUCACCGACAGCUCUUGCGCCCGGGAUGGCAGCAGCUGUGGCUGCUGGUGUGGGUGCGGGUGCGGAUGGCGGCACUGCGGCAGGCAAUGCGGGGAGCGGGGCAGAGCCGGAAGUGGAGGCAGCAGCCGUGGUGGAGGCGAAGGAGGAGGAGGGGGAGGGGGAGGAGGGGGAGGAGGUGGCGGCAGUAGCAGCGCCUUGUCCCUGGAUGGACUCGGGGCUACAGCCAGUGGACCCCUUGGCGGUUCUGGCGCCGCUGUGCGGCUGGCGCAGCGCCGACAGCGCCGCCGCUGCUACUGCUACUGCUGCUACUGCUGCUACUGCUGCUACUGCUGCUUCCGGUGCUACUGCCUUGCUGCCUGAUGCCGGCAGCGCCAAGGAGCCACAACAGCAGCAGCAGCAGCAGCAGCAGCAGGGGCCCGGCUGGCCUGUGACGCUGGACCUGCCGGUGUGCGGCAACCUGGACGGCCUGAGUGCGGCGGAGCUGCCCUCGGCACUGCAGCUGCAGGCGCUGCUGCAGCGGGGAGUGGAUGUGGCCAGUGCUCUGGCGGCGGCGCACCCGCACGUGGUCAACCUGGACAAGAUGGCUCGCAGGAUCCGAAGCGACCUGGAGUUUGUGCGGCGGUGCUUGCCGCUGCCGCCAGCGCCGCUGCAGCCCCCCGCGGACACAGCGGCCGCACCCGGCAGCGCCGAUGCCGCGCAGCCGCUGGACCUCACCGGGGAGCCGGCGGCAGCAGCAACGGUAGCAGCACCAGCAACACUGGCACAAGCAGCGGCAGCAGCAGCAGCAGCAGCAACAGCAGCAGCAACAGCAGCAGCAACAGAGGAAGAGGCGGCGGCACUGGCAACACAAGCGGAGGAAGGGUCGGUGACGUCUACAGCGGCGGGCGCAGCAGCAGGGGGCAGCAGGGUGAAGGCGAAGGCGAAGAAGGGCAAGGGCGGGGGUCGUGGCGUCAGCACGCCGGCGGCGCCGCCACCUCGCCUGGUGCUGACGCCGGAGCGAGUGCAGGGCAUUAUCAACAACCUACGCGGAUUCCAGGGGGAGCUGCUGGCGGCGCAGCUGGCGCCCGGGGUGGUGGGGGUGCUGCGCCGCUUCACCGCGGGGCGCGCAGGGCCGCCGCAGCCGCCGCCACCGCCGGGCUCGGGCCCCGCCGCAGCAGCAACCCCUGCCGCUGUCGCUGCAGCAGCAGCUGCCGGCAUGGCGACAACAGGGACGGCUGCUGGCGCGUUGCAGCCGGCGGCGGUGGCGCUGGCUGCGGCAACGGUGGGGCAGAAGCGGCCGCUGCAGCACGAGGUGGAGGCGGCGGAGGCGGCGGAGGCGGAGGCGGGCAGUGAUGGUGCGGCAGCAGGCGCCGGAGGAGCAGAUGGUCCGGAUUCCGACCUGUGGCGCAACCCGGGCUUGGCCUUGGCAGAACGACAACAUCCACAUCCAAUGGAGCAGCAGCAGCAGCAGCAGCAGCAGCAGCCAAAGCAGCAGCAGCCAAAGCAGCAGCCACCGCCGCGUGUGGAUGAGGUGCUGGUGGCAGAGGUGGAUGUGGUGGCUCAGGGCGGCCACGUGUGGGUGGAGGUGAAGAACCAGGAGGCGUUCGGGCUGGAGAGCGUGCACUGGACCGGCGCAGGCAAGGGCGCGGGCAAGGGCCUGCGGCGGCAGGUGGAGGAGCUUGUGGCGGUGGCGGCGGCGCCGCAGCACUGGCGCCGCUGGCGGCCGCCUGCUGUAGUGCUGUUCUUCCCCGACCCCAGCUUGGCGCACCCGGCUGUGGUGCGGGAGCUCCGGGCCCUGGGCGCACACGUGGCGCUGGGGCCAGAGGCUCUGCGCACCGGGCUGCCGCCGCCGCCGCCGCUGCCUGCCGCCACGUGUCUGGACGUGACGGCCAUGUGCGGCCUGGUCAGCGAGAUGAGCCACGGCGGCGCGGCCGACCCGGGAGUCCGGGCCUGGGCGCAGCGCACCGGGCACUGGGUGGAGUGCCUGGCUGCGGAGCGGUCUCGGCCGCUGCUGGAGGAGGUGGGGCCGCUGGUGGGCGGCGGGCGGCCCCUGCUGGCGGCGGCGGCGGCAGUGGCACAGUUCCAGACGCUGCUGGACAUGUUCGGCGGGCCGCGGGAGCGGCGGCGCUGGACGCAGCUGCGGUCGCGGCUGCAGGUGGUGGACACGCAGGCGCACCCGGAGGAGCUGUCUGACCGCUGCCGGGCGCUGCUGUCCGAGUGCCUGGGGCGCGACCAGCUGGCGGUGUUUGGGCUGGGCGACGGGCGCAGAGCGCUGACGCUGACCGCCAACGGCAAUGCGGUGCGGAGUGCGGAGCGGCAGGGGGUGGCGCUGGAGGUGGUGCUUCACAGGCCCGUGUGGCUGACAGGGCGGUGACGGGGCCGGAUCCCGUAUGUCCCGCUCCCCGGGCGGUGCUGCAUGGGGGGGGGGGAAGGGUUGGAGAAAGGGAGGGAGGGAGGCGGCGCGCGUAGCAGCGUGGGAGGGGGUGAUGUGGGCGGAUCUGUACGGCAUCUGGUGCGCAGGCACAGGGAGCACACUGCUGCAUGGGGCACAGGGAGAACAUGGGGGAAGGCGGCGGGUGAUAGAUGGCGGCGCCGCGUGGCGUGGCGUCGCGUGGCGCGGCGUGGCGUGGCGUGUGAGGCGGCACUGCAGGGGCGGAGGCAGAGGAGGAAGCGGCGAGCAGGUCUUCGUGUGUGGGACCAUGUGUGUCAACUGUCAAGGCACUCCUGCUUUUGAGCGUGUGCGCGUUGAUAUGAAGAACGCGAGCUGCCAACAGAGGCAGCUGCACAGGCCCAUAGUGCGAUUUUCAGUAUACCGGACAUUUUACAAAGCUUGACACGUUAGCAUAAUGCUUGGGGUGCACGCUACUGGUCAGAGGUGGGGGGGAUACGGAGCAAUUUGCGAGCACGGACUGGCACGGAGCAGGCAGGCAGGCGCGGACUGUAGGCGCGGAGCGGCAGGCCUGUGCUGGGGCCGCCUCAGACGUAUUGACUGACACAACAGACAUAAUCGCCGAGCA